AUGAAAAGAUUACUUUGCAGGGCUGUUUCAUCAAGCGACAUCCCAGUGCUUUUUGUUCCUGGGAGUGGUGGAUCGGCAAAGCAGGAACUUUCUUUUCUCAGCGGCGCGGUUGUGGAUCGCCAGCGAGAUUUUGUUAUGAAAGCGAUCGCCACUCUUACAAAGAUGUACUCUCGCAAGAUAAUUCUCAUUGGUCAUUCAUUCGGUGGUACUGUCAUUCAUGCCCUACCAGCUGUUCCUGAUUUCGAUAUAUCUAAUCUAGGACUUAUAAUAACUUUGGCUGCACCACUUACUGCUUCGCCCGUAAUGAUGGACGAAGCUAUGGUGGCUUUUUACGAGUCAAUGGAAAAGGCGUGGCUUACACGACGUGAUGACUUGCGUAAAGUUGGAGUGGUUUCAUACAGUGGCGGCUCAAAGGAUUACCAAGUACCAGACCAUUUAGCUGCUUUUCCUGGGAGUCAUGUAAUCCAUCGCCCUGCGUGGUCUAUUCGUGGAGUAGACACUUCUGCGGAUCACUUAUGCAUUCUAUGGCAUUCGACUCGAAUUUUGUACAAGUAUGGGUUAGAAGAGAUGAAAGCACAUCCACGUUCUGCUCGCACAAUUGUAAAAGAGUUUUUCGACGAAGAACGUAAUAUUCACUUACAAAACAUAACCGAUAGUGGAACAGUUUUGAAAGGAGAUGAAGGAUCCGUCUCGAAUUCCAGUGUUAGUUAUGUGAAAAUUGGGACGUUUGACUAUCCAUGGGUUUCCCGUGUUUACCGAGGUGUUUUAGAGUCUUCUAAAAAAGUUUUCAAGUUGGAAUUUCACUCAACAUAUGCAGUAUAUGACGUGUCUCUAGAAUCGACUUGUGAUACAUCUUUGUUAUUCAUUUAUCCAAACUCUCUUGCUCGCUCGGCUACUCUAAAAAACGGUAGCAAAGUUAUGACCAUAAACUUGCUCUACAACCUGAACUCGACUUCCGGCAAUAUUGUAAUGGAGGGAAAGCCUGGAUGUAAGUUCGACAUCGCCAUCAAACCUAAUGUAUUUCACGCUUGGUAUCUGCUGUUGGUGUCAAACCCUGGGCUUCUGAUGCAUUUUACCUUUUCUGUUCUCCUGGCUCUUGCAAUUAUCGAAAAGCUAGCAGGCUCAGAACAAAAUGAUCACUAUAUAGGAAGCGGCAUUUAUGUUAAUGCGGCAAUUUUGAUCAUCAUUUUCAUGUGCUUUACUUAUAAUAUUUGGAUACUCGAGUCCGUUUUUGCCGCUACGAUAUUCUAUGCGAUCUCAUGCUUAUAUUACAUAUCCGUAUUCGUGAGAUCUAUGAAGGAAUUAGUGUACUCGAUAAUACCAAAAAUCAUGUAUUUUUCAUCGUUGCUGUUGAAUCUGUUGAUUUUCAUGCUUCUACCUUUCAAUAUUUUUUUGGCAAAUUCAGCAUUAGCAUUGCUCAUGACUUGGAAAAGGACGUCCCGCCCAUUUGCCAUCCUCCUUGGUGUUGCUGUCGGAAGCGUCUCUGCGGCCUUGGGCAUGGCUGGACCAGUGAGCACUAAAAGCAGGCAACUUCUAGAUCACUUUUUGGAAGUGGAUCCACUAGAUCUUUCUUUUAUGUUCAAUUUCGUAUCAAGCAAUGUAGAUUUUUCGAAUAGUUUCGCAACUCCUGUAUUUUUCUAUAUACUGUCAGGUUUCUUGAGCGUUGCACAACCUCCUAAGUAUCUUGUCACUUUCAAAGAUUUUUUCUUAGCUCUUCUGCUGAUUGUUCCUGGUUUUCUAUCUAGUCAAAUCUCCUUAUCUUUAGAAGCUUUUGCUGUAGCUGCCUCAUUCUUGUUAACGAUUCUCUCUUUGCUCUAA